CCUGAUCGCCACCACACCUGUAUCCUGCUCUCAACAUCUGCCACCCACAGAUCACGUUCACCUUCUUCCCACACUCUCUCCCACUCUGUGUGAGGCUGUAUGUCGAUGAACCGGUCAUGGCAGUGACAUGUGGAAUUUUGUUUCAUUCGCCCCAAGGGGGAACCAUGCUGCCUGUGCCUGUGUGUUGUGCUGGUUUUAUUCUCCACCCCUGCCUACACUCUCUCUCUCUCUCUCUCUCACACACACACACACACACACACACACACCCUCUCUCUCUCUGGUGCAUUACAGUGAGUCGGCCGGUGGGCGAGCUGUGUUUUGUUGUUUGUUGUUCAGCCAGCUGCAUGGGGCAGGAGUAGCUGUCCAGUGACUGACCUCCUCUCCAUGGCCUGUCACCCCCCCGGCUCUGGAUCCUACACUGUGGUUAUCAUCCCGCUCAGGACCGGCCUCUGCAGCCUGGACGCACUUCGCUUCUACCUAUGGGUGAAGCGGCUGAAGGACCUCGAGAGGGAGAAGGACGCUCUGUGCUCCGGCCUGGAGAUCCUGGAGAAGGCCCGUCUCUGGUACCUCCAGCGGCUGCAGGGGAACGGAGCCAGGCAGGACAACACCGAUGCCAGAACCGGGGUCGGCUCCUUCCAUGGAGGUGCAGCAGAGGCCCGGUCUUGCCUCCUCAGGCAUCGGAUCCAGCGGGUUAAUGGAGCGCUGGGUUCUGUGAUGAGUGAGCCCAAUGUCACGGGUGGCAACAACCCUUCUCCGCGUGACGCGGUGGAAGACAGUGACCUCCGGUGGCACAACACAGUACUGACCCAGGAGGUGAGUGACAAGAAUCGGCGGAUUUCCAGCUUAGAAUUGGAAAAAGACGCACUGGUGGAAAAGCUCGAUGAACUGCAGGCUCCUUGAUUUCCAGCACACGUG